AUAAAUGAUUCUAUAAGAAUAAAGAAUGACUUCUAAAGAAAAGGAUUCAAAUGUACUACAGUUACGUUGUAAUCAUGAUUCUAUUCGACAAACAUUACAAUAUCAACAACCUAAUAAUCAACCAAUUAAUGUUGAUCAAUUGUAUGAAAAUGUUCAAUUUUAGUAAUGUUUAGUAGUCCAUCUACACCAACAUUUCCUGUAUUUGCAAAUUCAAUACCAAAACAACGUUGUCGUUUACCUAAUACUAUAGAAAAUAUAAUAAGUUUAAAGAAUUUAUCAUUGGAACAAGUUGGUAUUAUAAUUGGUCCAUGGAAAAAUAAAACUGAUUCAAAUUAUACACAAAUGAAUGGAUGUUAUCAAUAUAAAUUAAACUGGACAGAAAAUUUAUUUGAAGAAGUAAUUCAUACCUAUUUAAAAGGAUCAUUUCAAUCAAGAUUUGUGAAUUAUCAAAUAAUUCCAUGUCAAAAUGGAUAUGUAUAUGAAUUAAAUGAUCUGCAGUAUCCUGGAAGUGUAGUAAUUGAAUUUGAUACAGUCUGUCAACAAAACUGGUUUGUACCAUUAGGUUCAUCAAUUUAUUUUGUUGGAAUGAUGUUCGGAUUUAUUUUUGGAGGUUGGGCUGGUGAUCAGUUUGGACGAAAAAAAUCAUCAAUAAUUCUAGCGAUAAUUGAAUUUAUAUUCAGUAUUUGUACAUCAUUGUCACCUAAUUACAUAAUUUAUAUAUUGUCUAGAGCAAUUGUUGCCAUAGCAAAUAUAGGCAAAGUUACAGUUUUAAAUGUGUUAGUGAUGGAAAUGACUAUAGCUAAAUAUCGUUCAUAUAUUGGUGCUGUAAUGGCAUUGGGAUACAAUUUCCUUCUGAGAUCAUUAAUAUCAUUACAAGCAUAUUUCAUACCGAAUUGGAGAUGGUUAAAUUUGUCUGUAAUGGCACCUAAUUUAUUAUGUAUUCUGUAUUUUUGGUGUUUAGUUGAAUCACCAAGAUGGUUAUUGUCUAAAGGUCGACGUAUUGACGCACUAAAAUCAUUACAGUUUGCUUAUAGAGCUAAUCAUUUUCAUACAGGAAAAAGCAUGAAGUCCACAUAUAUACUUGAUGGAAUGAUUCGACAAGAAGAAGAAUUACAGGAAAGUGAGCAAGAACGUGCGUGUACUCCACACAGCUAUUCGGACAUAACCAAUAUUCAAAAAACAAAUCCGAAUAAUAAUAAAAGAUCUUUUAUGAAAUUUUUAACGUCAUUUUUUCUACCAUUUUCUACUAGACAAUUAGCUAAAAAUACUAUUCUUGGAGUAAUUUUAUUCAGUGGUGAAGUAAUGACAUUCUUUGGUUUAUUGCUUUACGCUCGUGCUGUACGUGGAAAUGUUUACUUAGUUAGCUUUAUCAAUGCGUGCACAACUAUACCGGCUUUGUUUUUGUCAACAAUACUAUAUCGUGUUAUACGUCAUCGUAAACCUCCAUUAUUUUUUGUUUACACUGUAGCGUUUAGCAUUUUAUUAUCAUGUGGUUUAUACACCUAUAUAUUUAAUCCAGAAGGUGAUUUAAUCCUUGCUAUAGGAUCAAAUUUAUCACUUAUAUUUCUUGCUGCUGGUUUGUUUAUGCUUUAUAUAUAUGUGCCUGAAUUAUAUCCAUCUGUUAUGCGAUCUCAAGGAUUCGGAACUGUGGCUGGAUUAGGUCGAACUGGUAGUAUAUUGUGUACGUUUAUUAAUCAAUUAGAUAUUACCGUUGGACAUGGUUUACCCUUAAUGAUUUAUUCAGUUGUAAUUUUUAUGCAGUUAAUUUUAUUAUAUGUUAUACCAGAUACAAGUGGUGAAAACUUACCUGAUGUGAUAGCUGAAAAAUUGCAACCGAACUUGAAAAGUGUAAACAAUAUCAAAGAUUCAGUAUUUUCAAUAUCGGAAGAAGUGGAAAUUACAAGAAUAUGAGUGAUUUUCAAUUUAUUAGACUUAUUUGGUAUUUCAGCUUAUACUCUUACUCAUCCUUACGUCAGUUCACUUUCAUAACUGUAUAAUUUCAUUAGUAGCCUAGUUGAAAAUACCGAAUAUUAAGAAACAUAUAAAUAAUUUCAAAAUAGAUUCUUAAAUAUCAAGUUUUGUCUUUUUGAUGAAUAAACUUGU